CUGUGUUCAUAGUUACAGCGGAGCGCGCGCAUAGAGCAGUAUUAUUAUAAGUCUUUAUAAUAAACUCAGGAGUGUGUUAUCGUUUUAUACGCGUCGGAUCAUGAAGAACAUGACUUUUCGACGUGUCAAGGACAGCGGGACGGGCAGCGGGGAUAUUUACUUUUCAUCCUCCAAAUCGGAUAGUUGUAAAAACAUGGAUUUACCAUCAAGUUCCUCGGAGGUUUAUAAUUAUAAAACCCUGGCGUACUCCGGAGGAACACUGCCCAGGAACUUUAAGAAGAACGCAGGUCUACAGAAGUGGAAGCCCCUCAUGCUGCCACCCGAACCAGAAAGGAAGACCGUCAUCCUGGAGAAAAAAGAGAAUGAAGCAUUUGGCUUUGAGCUUCAGACGUACGGGCUGCACCACCAGGAUGAGAACUCUGUGGAGAUGUGCACGUUUGUCUGCAAAGUCCACGAGGACAGUCCGGCUAAGCUCGCCGGCCUUAAAGUGGGAGACACCAUCGCCAGCAUCAACGAUAAUUCAGUCGAAGGAGUUCGCCACAAGGAAAUCGUCCAGCUCAUCAGAGCAUCCGGCAACAGCGUCAGGUUGGAAACUGUAUACAGUAACACUAUAAGGAAAGCAGAACUUGAAGCCCGUCUACAGUAUUUAAAGCAAACUCUACAUGAGAAGUGGGACGAGUACAGAUCGCUGAUGGUGCAGGAGCAGAGACUUGUACAUGGCAUCGUGAUGAGCGACGCAGACCUGUACGAGUCGCUGGAGUCGGCCGGAGUCUACGGCAGCCUGGGUGCUCCGAGCCCCCUGACCUCCCGCUCUCUCCACUGCACAGGCAGCACCAACAGCAGCGCGAGCCACCUGAGCGAGGACGACCCGCUCUACCAGACCUGCUACUACCAGCCCAACAACAGCAAAGCAGACAGCGAGGACGCCAGCGAUGGUUCCGUCAGUCUGGAUGACAAGCCACAGCGGAACCGUAGGUUCCUCCGGCCCACCAGCGAGUUAUUCACCUCGGCCAAAACGUCGCUCAGCCGCAGCGCCAGCACACGCAGUUACCUAAGGGGCUCUUCGUCAUCAGCGUCAUCGUCGUCCUCCGCACCAGGUCCAGAAAAGCAGCAGUGCGGCGCUUUCAACUCGCUGCAGAGGAAAUCCAAACGUACAAGCAUCAGACGCAGGCUGCUCAAGUACAUCCCAGGUCUGAACCGAGCUCUAGAGGAGGAAGAGAGCAAACUGUGAUUUUCACUCAGGGGAAGAAAAAUAAGAGACUCACAGACUCUCACUCAGCCAAAGACUGCACCAGGAACAUGCCUUUGAUAUAUCAAACCUGACACCAACCAUAUACGGGAAAACCGACCAGAAAGGAGUAUAUUUUGAACGUUAUUUCUAGUGUAAACAACAUCCAUUUUCAGUUAUUAGAAAACGCUUAAAAUGUUGCGAGUGCUUACUGUAUAAGUACUUGAUGAACAGCUUAAACUUUUUUCCCGAAAAAACUGAGGCUUUUUUUUUUCUGUUAAUGUGAAAUGUUAAACUGUGUUACGAAACAAAACUGAAGUUGCUUUUUGUUUACCUGGGCUCUUCCUGAUGUACUGUACUAUUGUAACCGUGGCAUUUUGAAUGUCUUAUCUUCCAACAUGCAUCGUGAAGAACCCAGGCUGUACCAAACAAGGCCAAAAUGAAAGCAAUCGGGACCAAAAUUCCCAGUAUUCAAAACCAAAGAAACCAUAAUGUGUUACGUCUGUUUAUUUUCAGCACUCUGUUAACGCUUGUGCUGGCAAUCCUGUUUAGUCAGUCAUCAUUCGUCAUGUACAUAAUUUGUUUUUUGAAUAAUUUAUUUAUUUAUUUUCACUAGUUUUUUUUAUGUACAAAAUGAAGGUUUUUCUGUUGAAUUUUUUUUAUUCUGUGAUGACGUGCAUUUUCAAGUGUCUUUUUUUAGAAUAUACUGUUCGAUUAUGUCUGAUGUCUUUUCUACUCUGAAAAAAAGGUAAAAAUAAAUGUGUGAUAUUA